AUGACCCACUAUCAAAUUGACAACCCAAUAGUUGAGCCUUAUUAUGCAUGUACAACUUUAGUUUAUAUUGUGAGAACGCUAAUGAAUGCUAACAAACCAAUCAGCAUCAUCAUGAGAUUCACUCUGAUCGCAUCCAUGGCCCUCCUUGGUCUUGCCCUGGCCGCUGCAACGGAGUCCAGCACCGACGACGUUGGCAGCACUAAGGUUUCCGAUGGCACUCUCGAUGUAAACUACUGUGGCGAACGGUGCGAAUACGACUGGGAAUGUCGUCGCGGAAACCGCUGCCACGAGUGCCGCAAACAGCACCACGAGCGCUAUGGCCGCUGCCGCGAGCGAUAUGACUGA